GCGCCCCCGCCGCGCUGAGGGCUGUUGGGCUCCGCCCGCCGCCACUGCAGUGGGAGCCGGGAGGCUGCCGAGGAUGGCGGCGGCGGCGCCGGCCCGGGAGCUCACGCAGAACCCGCUGCAGAAGACAUGGGAGCCCUACGACAACGGGCUGCCGGCGGGGCACAGCGCCCAGCGCGGCGUAUGUAUGACCAAUUGCCCUACUCUGAUUGUCAUGGUGGGUCUCCCAGCAAGAGGAAAAACCUACAUCUCCAAGAAGCUGACACGCUAUUUGAAUUGGAUUGGAGUGCCUACAAAAGAAUUUAAUGUUGGUCAGUAUCGCCGAGACUUGGUGAAAAAGUAUAAAUCUUUUGAAUUCUUCCUGCCUGACAAUGAAGAAGGCUUGAAAAUCAGGAGACAGUGUGCCUUAGCAGCGCUGAAUGACGUCCGGCAGUACCUCAGUGAAGAAAACGGGCACGUGGCUGUCUUUGAUGCCACAAACACCACCCGAGAACGCAGAGAAACUAUUUACAAAUUUGGUGAAGAAAAUGGCUAUAAGACUUUUUUUGUUGAGUCAGUAUGUGUAGAUCCAGAGGUCAUCGCUGCAAACAUUGUGCAAGUGAAGCUGGGUAGUCCUGACUAUGUUGAUUGUAGUAACGAUGAAGCAACAGAAGACUUCAUGAAGAGAAUAGAGUGCUACAAGAACUCCUAUGAGACGUUAGAUGAAACUCUUGACAAGGAUCUUUCUUACAUUAAAAUUAUGGAUGUUGGAAGGAGUUACCUUGUGAACCGAGUAAUGGAUCACAUUCAGAGCCGGAUUGUCUACUACCUCAUGAAUAUCCAUGUGACUCCUCGGUCAAUCUACCUCUGUCGACACGGAGAAAGUGAACUCAAUCUGAAAGGGAGAAUAGGAGGAGAUCCUGGACUGUCUGUUAGGGGAAAAGAGUUUGCCAAAAGUUUGGCACAAUUUAUUAAUGAGCAAAAUAUCAAAGAUUUGAAAGUUUGGACCAGCCAGAUGAAAAGGACAAUUCAGACUGCUGAAGCCUUGGGAGUGCCUUAUGAGCAGUGGAAGGUGUUGAAUGAGAUAGAUGCAGGAGUGUGUGAAGAAAUGACUUAUGAAGAAAUACAGGAAAAUUAUCCGCUUGAAUUUGCACUGAGAGACCAAGACAAAUACAGAUACAGAUACCCCAAAGGAGAGUCCUAUGAAGAUCUUGUCCAGAGACUGGAGCCAGUAAUUAUGGAACUUGAAAGGCAGGAAAAUGUGCUUGUCAUAUGUCACCAAGCUGUCAUGCGCUGUUUGCUUGCAUAUUUUCUUGACAAGCCUGCAGAACAACUGCCUUACCUGAAGUGCCCACUGCAUACUGUCUUAAAGCUAACCCCGGUGGCUUAUGGAUGUAAAGUAGAAUCUAUAUUUCUGAAUGUUGAAGCUGUAAACACGCACAGAGAUAAACCCGAGAAUGUUGGUGUGGAUCGGUCAAGAGAAGAAGCUUUGAGGACAGUGCCCAACCACCUAUAGCUCCAGUUCCCAGGGGGGCCACCCUUCCUCCAGUGAAAGAGUGGGAAUAGCAGCUCAGGUCCAGGAGGAUGGGGAAGGUUUUGCUGAGUGGGCUGGAACCAACGCGCCUCCCCUUCACUUGAAGACAUUUGGGAUGUGAUUCGGCUUCUUUGGAGCAAACCUGUAGUUGUGGAUAACUCCCAGUGCCCAAAGGUAUCAGUGAAAAGAGUGAUGGGAAGCAGAGUUGGGU